AUGGCUGAAGGAAGUGGAAAUGAGGAGACAACUCUUGAGCAUACAUCAACAUGGGCAGUGGGAAUAAAGGAUGAGAUUAUUGUUGACCUUGUUGAACAAUGCCGUAAUUAUCAAAAGCGUGUUAUGGUUCUUGUUAACAACACUGCAGAUGAGGAGCUUUUGUUGCAAGGAUUGACACUUAACGACAAGUUGCAGCACGUUCUUUGCCGACACGAUGACAUAGCCAAAGGAAACCCUACUGCUGCAGUAAGGACUACAGAAACACCAGUUGCAGCUCUUAUGAAUGUCAAUCAUGAGGAUGAUGAGCCAGAAGAUGAUUUUUCUCAGUUGGCACACAGAUCCACAAGGGAUACAUCGCAAGGACAAGGACGAAAGCCCACAAAUGCAUAUGGUGAACCUUCACGAAUUAACCCAAUUCUUCCUCCUCCUCCGCCUUCAACAAAAUUUUCUACCCCUGAUACUGGAAUGGUUGAUUAUCUUAGUGGUGAUGCUUACCAGUCUGAGAGAUCUUCAGGAACAUCAGCAUCUGUGCCUGUUGCAGUAGCAACUCAGUCAAACAACAAAAUCUCUGUUCGAACAUCGAGCCCUUCCCAGCCCUUAUCAUCACCUCCUGAUGAAUUCAUUAACCCCACAGCAACCAUGUUCCCUCCAAAAUCCACAUAUGAUGAGCCAACUUCUUUGGCCAAAUCUGCUGAUCCUUUGCCAUCUGCACCUUGGGACGUUCCUCCUCCAAGCAGCAUUCCACCGCCACCAUCGAGGCACAACCAGAGACAACAAUUUUUUGAGCAAAAACAGAAUACUAUUCCUGGUGGUUCCCCGCAUUCGAGCAGUGGAUCUGGUUCCUCUUACGACAGCUUAGUUGGGCAGACUCAGAACCUUUCCCUGAGAACAUCAACCCCAACAAGACAAGACAAGCAAGAAGAUGCCCUCUUCAAAGAUCUGGUUGAUUUUGCAAAAGCCAAGUCUUCAUCAUCCUCGAAAGCUAAUAAUAGGUCAUAUUGAGUGAUGUCAUUGAUAUUGUUAUUCGUGGUGGUACAGAUUUUGAUAUCUUAACUCUUAUCAGCUUUUACUUCAUUUAGAGUCUUUUAUUUAGUCUUUAAAUAAAUGUGGAUGGGAAUUCGGCUGGUGCAUUUUCCUGUGACAUGGUAUCUAUAGUCUUUGCACUUGCUGCCCAGUGACAUGUAGUGUAGCUGAGAUGAUGUGAAUUGUUUCCUACAUUGAGUUUUUGUGAAUAUAUAUUAUUUUGUUUUUUGUUUUUCC